CCUGCCCCUCUGUCAUGACCAGCUGCAGAAAGAAAAGAAAAUCCUUUGGCUCCAAAAUGACUUCCAGAGCACCAAAGACAAGCCUCAAGAAUGCCUACCCAUCUGCCAGGAGGCUGCUGCCGAAGGAGGAGAGGGAGGCGGAGGACUACUGCACCCCUGGAGCCUUCGAGCUGGAGCGACUUUUCUGGAAGGGCAGCCCCCAAUACACCCAUGUCAAUGAGGUCUGGCCUCAGCUCUACAUUGGUGACGAGGCGACGGCGCUGGACCGCUACCAGCUGCAGAAGGCGGGCUUCACGCACGUGCUGAACGCGGCCCACGGCCGCUGGAACGUGGACACCGGGCCCGACUACUACCGCGACAUGGCCAUCGAGUACCAUGGCGUUGAGGCCGACGACCUGCCCACCUUCGACCUCAGUGUCUACUUUUACCCGGCGGCCACCUUCAUCGAAGAUGCACUCAGGGAUGACCACAAUAAGAUCCUGGUUCACUGUGCCAUGGGCCGCAGCCGGUCAGCCACCCUGGUCCUGGCCUACCUCAUGAUCCACAGGGACAUGACCCUGGUGGACGCCAUCCAGCAAGUGGCCAAGAACCGCUGCGUCCUCCCCAACCGGGGCUUUCUGAAGCAGCUCAGAGAACUGGACAAGCAGCUGGUGCAGCAGAGGCGACAGGCCCAGCGUGGGGACGGUGAGGAUGCCAGCAAGGAGGAGCUGUAAGGCCCUGCUCCACUGUGAGCAGAGACACUUGGGGGCAGGGAGUCAGCCCUAUGACCUUGUCAUGGAGAAGGGACAGUGAAACCAAAGCUUGACUUCUUCCAGACAUUCUUGAGCUUCCCCAGUGCGUGCUGGCGAACAGAGGGGAUUCGAAGCUGCUUCUUGGAGGGGUCAAGUACUUGGCUUCACAGCAAACUGGGGAAGAAGGGUUUCCCAGCAGAAUUCGUUACAGAUGAGCACAACAGGGCUCUACACAAAGACAAAGACACCUGCUGCCUUUUUGUUGUUGUUGUUAAGAUGGAAGCAAAAAGGAUUUUGAAGUAUACAGGGAUUGUGCUGGAAUUAAACAUUUGGCUUUGUCUGAAAGGGAAGUCACAUUCUUAUAAAAAUAAUUUUGAAAUAUAAAUGAUUUUUUUUUAACCACAGAUGAGCACUUGGGAGAGCUGUGUCACCUGACUUUGGGCAUCUUAUGAGUGCGUCCCACCCUGGUCGCCUUGCAUUUCUUUAGGCGUCUCCUGCGCCCCGUGUU